AUGGGCUCCCUGCCCUACAUCAGUUGCUGCCUAGCCUGGAAAGGAAUCGUGGGCAUCUUUUUCCUGCCAAUUAUCUUAUCAGGUUUUGCUUCUUGCCCUAAACAUAAAGAUUCCUUCCCCUUUCCAUGCAGGUCUAACUGGUCUCAUCUGAACCCUCUCACACUGAAGAAACGAUCUGAGGGACUUGUUGGAAGGUGUGCACACUUCACCUUGGAGGGUCAUAAGUUCCUCAUCUUUGGGGGCUCCAUCCAUUACUUCCGGAUGCCCAGAGAGUACUGGAGGGACCGCUUGCUCAAGCUGAAGGCCUGUGGCUUCAACACUGUUACCACCUACAUUCCAUGGAACCUGCAUGAGCCAGAAAGAGGCCAAUUCUACUUCUCAGGGAACCUGGACAUGGAAGCCUUUGUCCUGUUGGCUGCAAAGGUUGGGCUGUGGGUGAUUCUGCGUCCAGGACCCUACAUCUGUGCAGAGGUUGACCUUGGGGGCUUGCCCAGCUGGCUUCUGCAAGACCCCAACAUGAAACUGAGAACAACAGACAAAGGCUUUGUUGAAGCAGUUGAUAAGUAUUUUGAUCACCUGAUUCCCAGAGUGAUUCCUCUCCAGUACCACCGUGGAGGCCCUGUCAUUGCAGUGCAAAUAGAGAAUGAAUACGGUUCAUUUAAUAAGGACAAAGACUACAUGUCUUAUGUAAAGGAGGCCUUGCUGAAAAGAGGGAUUGUUGAGCUGCUCUUGACCUCUGAUAAUGAGAAGGAAAUUGAGCAAGGUUCUGUCGAAGGAGCACUGACCACUGUCAAUAUGGAUUCGUUUAAUGAGAAGUUCUUUUCUAGGUUUCGUCAAAUGCAGAGAAAUAAGCCCAUUCUGGUUAUGGAAUAUUGGACUGGCUGGUUCGACAAUUGGGGAAGGAAACAUCAUGUUAAAAGUGUGGAUGAAGUUGAACAAACUGUGUCUGAACUUAUCAACCGUGAGAUCUCCUUCAACGCAUAUAUGUUCCAUGGUGGAACCAACUUUGGUUUCAUUAAUGGAGCUGUAUAUUUUGGGAUGCACAGAGGCGUUGUGACUAGCUAUGACUAUGAUGCUGUGCUGACAGAGGCCGGAGAUUACACAGAAAAAUAUUUCAAGCUUCGCAAACUCUUUGCAUCUAUUUCAGCAAAGCCCCUGCCCCUCUCACCUCAACAUACUUUGAAGACCGUGUACCCUUCUGUGAGACCAUCUCACUUCUUACCACUGUGGGAGGUCCUUCAGUACUUAAAUGAGCCAGUGAAGUCACAUAUUCCAGUCAACAUGGAGAAUCUUCCAAUAAACAAUGGCAGUGGUCAGUCCUUUGGAUUUGUCCUUUAUGAGACUUCAAUCUGUUCUGGAGGCCGCCUGCAUGCUGAAGUUCAUGAUAUUGGACAGGUGUUUUUGAAUUACACAAUUUUAGGAGUUCUGAAUGAGAAAGUUCAGGACCUGUUCAUUCCUAAUUUCACGGAAUGUCAACUUCUCAGGAUCCUGGUGGAGAAUCAAGGACGAGUAAAUUUUUCAUGGAAAAUUCAAGAUGAGAGGAAAGGAUUAAUUGGCCCUGUUAAAAUCAAUAAUGUUUCUCUGGAGGGUUUUACCAUCUAUUCUUUGGAGAUGAAGAUGAACUUCUUCCAGAGGCUCCGUUCUGCCAGCUGGAGGCCUGUAUCAGUGAGAUAUUUGGGCCCUGCCUUCUACCUGGGGACCUUGAAGGCUGGCUCUUUUCCCAGGGACACCUUCCUGGGGCUACCAGGAUGGGUUUCUGGAUUUGUGUUCAUCAAUGGACAUAACCUUGGGCGAUAUUGGAACAUUGGGCCUCAGGAAACACUUUACCUUCCCGGAGUCUGGCUUCAUCCAGGGGACAAUGAAAUCAUCCUGUUUGAGAAGAUAUCAAGUGGCUCACACAUCUACUCUACAGGCUUGCCCAAGCUGUGA